AUGGCCAUCAAGGCUGUUGUGCUGCAAAUUCGUCACGUCAGGUUUGUCACCAGAUUCAUCGACCUGGAUGGCUUGACGUGCAUCUUGAACUUCCUGGGGAGCAUGGACUAUGAGACCUCGGAGUCUCGGAUACAUACCUCUCUCAUCGGAUGCAUCAAAGCUCUGAUGAACAACUCUCUCGGGAGAGCUCAUGUCCUGGCCCACUCGGAGAGCAUCAACGUCAUCGCUCAGAGUCUGAGCACGGAGAACAUAAAGACGAAGGUGGCCGUGCUGGAAAUCAUGGGCGCCGUGUGCCUGGUUCCCGGAGGUCACAAGAAGGUGCUGGAGGCCAUGGUACAUUACCAAAAAUACGCCAGCGAAAGGACUCGCUUUCAGACGUUAAUCAACGACCUAGAUAGAAGCACGGGGCGCUAUCGAGAUGAAGUGAGCCUCAAGACGGCCAUUAUGUCCUUUAUCAACGCGGUCCUGAGUCAAGGCGCAGGAGUGGAAAGUCUGGACUUCAGACUUCAUCUUAGAUAUGAAUUUCUCAUGCUGGGGAUUCAGCCGGUCAUUGACAAAUUAAGGGAGCACGAAAACUCCACGUUAGAUAGGCAUUUAGACUUUUUUGAGAUGCUCCGGAAUGAAGACGAGUUAGAGUUUGCCAAAAGAUUUGAGCUGGUCCAUAUAGACACGAAAAGCGCCACCCAGAUGUUUGAGCUGACGAGGAAGAGGCUGACUCAUACGGAGGCAUACCCGCACUUUAUGUCUAUCCUUCACCACUGUCUCCAAAUGCCUUAUAAGAGAAAUGGCAACACUGUCCAUUAUUGGCUGCUGCUGGACCGUAUUAUUCAACAGAUCGUGAUUCAGAACGACAAGGGGCAGGACCCGGAUUCGACACCCCUGGAAAACUUCAACAUCAAAAAUGUCGUCCGAAUGUUGGUGAAUGAAAACGAAGUUAAACAAUGGAAGGAGCAAGCAGAAAAAAUGCGAAAAGAACAUCAUGAGCUCCAACAGAAGCUGGAAAAGAAAGAGCGCGAGUGCGAUGCCAAGACCCAGGAGAAAGAGGAGAUGAUGCAGACCUUGAACAAGAUGAAAGAGAAACUGGAGAAAGAGUUGGCAGAGCAUAAGCAAGUCAAGCAGCAAGUGGUGGACCUCACGGUGCAGAUCCACGAACUCAGCAGGAGAGCAAUAUGCGCAUCGGUACCAGGGGGGCCACCUCUACCCCCUGGUGCCCCCGGGGGGCCUUUACCGACCUCGUCUUUGGGAUCUCUCCUCCCGGUUCCUCCACCCCCACCCCCGCCUGGUGGACUCCUCCCGCCGCCGCCUCCUCCUCCUCCCCCUCCUCCCGGCGGUCCGCCCCCUCCUCCGGGACCCCCUCCUCUAGGGGGCAUCACUCCCCCUCCAGGAGCACCUCUGGGAUCGGCGCUGAAAAGGAAAAACAUCCCGCAGCCCGCCAACGCUCUCAAGUCCUUCAACUGGUCUAAGCUGCCGGAGAACAAGCUAGAAGGCACAGUGUGGACAGAUAUCGACGAUGCAAAAGUGUUCAAGGUGCUGGACCUCGAAGAUCUCGAGAGGACGUUCUCGGCUUACCAAAGGCAGCAGGACUUCUUUGUGAACAGUAACUCCAAGCAGAAAGAAGACACUCUCGAUGACACACUGAGUUCCAGGCAUAAAGUCAAGGAGCUUUCGGUCAUAGAUGGACGUAGGGCCCAGAAUUGCAACAUUCUCCUCUCAAGGCUGAAACUAUCAAACGAUGAAAUCAAACGUGCAAUUAUGACGAUGGACGAGCAGGAGGACUUGCCAAAAGACAUGCUGGAGCAGCUCUUAAAAUUUGUUCCCGAGAAAGCAGACAUCGACCUCCUGGAGGAACACAAGCACGAGCUCGAUCGGAUGGCCAAGGCGGACAGGUUCCUCUUCGAAAUGAGCAGGAUAAACCACUACCAGCAACGGCUCCAGUCCUUGUAUUUUAAGAAGAAGUUUGCCGAGAGGGUUGCGGAAGUGAAACCCAAAGUGGAAGCUAUCCGCGCAGCGUCCAAGGAAGUGUUCCACAGCAAGAGCCUGAAGCAGCUUUUGGAGGUGGUGUUGGCUUUUGGCAACUACAUGAACAAAGGCCAAAGAGGGAACGCCUACGGCUUCAAAAUCGCGAGUCUGAACAAGAUCGCGGACACGAAAUCCAGCAUCGACAAGAACAUUACUCUGUUGCACUAUCUCAUCACCAUCGUAGAAAAGAAAUAUCCCAAAGUUCUCAACCUGCAUGAAGAACUGAAGGACGUCCCCGAGGCUGCCAAAGUCCACAUGACGGAGCUAGAGAAGGAAAUCGGCAACUUGCGGAGCGGUCUCAGGGCUGUGGAGACGGAGCUGGAAUACCAGAAGACUCAGCCAUCCCACCCGGGAGACAAGUUCAUUACCGUCGUAAGCCAGUUCAUCACCUUGGCUAGCUUUGGUUUCUCGGACGUGGAGGAUCUUCUGGCGGAGGCCAAAGAGCUGUUUGCCAAGGCCGUGAAGCAUUUCGGGGAAGAACCGGGGAAGACGCAGCCCGACGAGUUCUUUGGGAUUUUCGACCAGUUCCUGCAAGCUGUGACAGAAGCCAAGCAAGAGAACGAAAACAUGAGGAAGAGGAAGGAAGAAGAAGAGCGGCGGGCACGCAUGGAGGCCCAGCUCAAAGAACAGCGCGAGCGGGAGCGCAAGGCCAGGAAGGCGAAAGAGAACAGCGAGGAAGGCGGGGAGUUCGACGACCUCGUCUCCGCCCUGCGGUCCGGCGAGGUCUUCGACAAGGACCUCUCCAAACUGAAGCGCAACCGCAAGCGCAUCACCAACCAGCUGGCGGACGGCAACCGGGAGCGGCCCCUCACCAAGCUCAACUUCUGAACC